CUUGAUCAACUUCCACAUUUAAUUUUCUUUUAAUAUUGCAAUACAAUAUUAAAAAUCGUUAUUUAUAUACUGCAAAUUAAACUUUACGUCACUAUUUACUUCCUACUACUAGAAAUCCGCGUUUAUUAUCAUGGAAACGUAAAUACUAAUGUAUAAAGGCGAAUGCUGCAUUCCUGUGUAAUUAUGAGGUGAUGCAGAUUCUACAGCAGCUCAAGGAUAGCACUCAGAAGAAGCACAAGAGAGAGGGGUCACUGGCCACUGUCACAUAUGAGACAGUUCACUACCUGCAAGACACAGACUGCAAGAACCAAAGCGCGCAGGCGAUACAGAAGUUUCUAGAAGCCAUGAAGAAGUACAAGCUCACCAAAGUGGAGAAGCUGAUGAUGGCCAACAGUCCGCCUCGGACCGAACUGGAAAUUCAGCUGAUAGUGCAAGAAAGCGAAGAGCGGUUAUCAGAGAACGAAGUACGUGAGAUCAUUGACAUCGUGAACGAUUGCUUUCCGGCCGCAGAGCCGUCCUGACCGGCCGACGUAAGGCUAGAAUUAACUCCUUAAUACUUAGGUUAGUAUCCGCUCAAUUGGUCUAUGGCAUCAAGAUAAUAUAAGCAAUGGUGUUGGCGGUGCCAGCAGGUACAGGUUGAUUGAAGAAAGCUGGCACGAAUGGAAUGAACGAAAUUUUUCUUUUAUUGUGUGAGUACUUGAGUAACUCCACUGUAUAAGGACGAUCAGUAGUGAAUCUCCCGCGAUCGGUGUUCGGGUCUUUUGCAUACGCCGCGCGCGACCUUGGCAACGCCACGCAGCGCGGCGCGUACUGACGCGACCGGCAUCAUCCGCGGACAAUCCGCGCGGCGCAAAAUUUGUUAGAAGAAUUAUUACUUUAUAGUGUGGUAACUCCUAGGUAUACAAUCACCGGCAUAAAUAAAAUAAGUAAUGAUCUCUGUACCUUGUUGCUUUAAAUUGUUUGACAAUUUCGCAUGACAUUUCAAACAAGACGUUAAUGUGACAAGACAAGGUAUAGAAAUCAUCAGAUCAUCAUAUUUGACAGUUACGACAUAUUACAAUCACAAUUUUAUUUUAUAUAUAUUUUCAUUCAUUCACUUAUUCCAUUUGUGCCAACUCUCGUGAACGAUAAGAAUCGAAGUAGUUUGUAAUUUAAACUUUUAAAAUUGAAGAUGUGACAAACCAACUUUUAAUAAAAUGGUCUAAUGGGUAUUUAAAAAAAUGUUACGUGCGAGCGAGAUAUACUUAUGUGAACUUUCCUUGCACGCCUUUGCCAGUCCAGUGUAUCCACAGUCUGGCCAAAAUAGUAUUAAACGUGUCGUUACUUUCAAAUAUAGUUACGUGAGAAAACAGGACGAUACUACAAUGUUGCCUCUUUUUAAUUUCUAGUCUUUUUUUUUGUCACUUGUGUAACUAUGACUAAUACUAUUUAUUAUAUGGUUAAUAGUUUGAUUGAAAUACUACUAUAGUCGUUGAGUUCUUAAUGAUUUGAUACUUUCCGGAUUAAAAUAUUAUUUUGCAAGCCAAAAUGUCAAUUCUUAAUAACAUUACCUUUAAGGUUGUAUUAAGUAGUGUGAAAAUUGAAAUGUAAUUACCUGAUGAUGGAUUUUUAUAUCGUUCGUAAUUAUUGUUCUAGAAGGUAUUUAUUGGCAUUCAUUGGUAUCCAAUGUCAUGUACAGCGAAAAUGUGUGUGUGUGUUAUGUAUACAGUAAGUUACUGAUGUAGUGCGAAAAGAUUUGCCUUCGUAUUGUUACGGAAACAUACGAACGUGUCAUGCUAUUUCAGUCAGUCUCAGUACAAGAUGUACUGACGUUGACUGAACUAGCAUGACAAAUGCGAAAGGGAACCCUGUUCACACUCCAUCUGUAUUCUGUAUUCUGCAAUACCAUUAAUAUAGGAAGACUAGCAUAAGCGUACUUUGUAAAUAAAAUAUCGAGACAAAGA